AUGGCUUCUUCUAAAGUUACAUUUUGUGCACUUUUAUUCAUAGCUUUCUCUCUUUCUCUUGUCUUUCAAACUCUUGCUGACAGCAACGUUAUUUCUACAUUAGUUGUAGACGCUGGUUCUGUAGGAAAGCAAAUUUCCAAAUAUUUUUUUGGAGCAUUUUUUGAGGAAAUUAAUCAUGUUGGAGCUGGAGGAUUGUGGGCAGAACUUGUCAACAAGAGAGGUUUUGAAGCUGGACGCACAACAAUUCUCUCAAGCAUCUCUCCAUGGACUGUAAUAGGAAAUAGAUCAACCAUUAAUGUUCAAAAUGAACCUACCUCCCUGUUUUCUAGUAAUAAAAUGGCUGUCAAAUUGGAUAUCCAUUGUUCUUCUCAGGCUGAAUGCCCUAAUGGUGUUGGACUCUCUAAUCCUGGAUUUUUAGGUCAGAAUAUUGAGCAAGGAAAACGAUAUAGAGUUGUAUUCUAUCUUCGUUCCUUGGGACCAAUUAAUUUGAAAGUGGCGUUUAUAGGAGUAGAUGGGAAAGAAUUGACUUCAAAUAACAUCAAGGCUCUUGCAAGUUAUGUUGCAAGCUGGAAAAGGUUUGAAACUAUUUUAGAAGCCCACGCGUCAGAUGUCAAAGCAAGCCUCCAGUUGACAAUGGACCAAAAAGGAGUUAUUUGGUUGGAUCAGGUCUCAGCACUGCCUCUAGACACAUACAAGGGACAUGGGUUGGGAAAAGGCCUUUUUCAAAAGGUGGCUGAUUUGAAACCAACAUUUCUUAGAUUUCCCAGUGGCUGUUAUGUUGAAGGUGAAUAUAUGAGAAAUGCAUUUAGGCGGAAGAAUACCAUUGGACCUUGGGAGAAGAGAAUUGGUCCCUUUAAUGUCUGGGAUUAUUGGGUCGACAAUGGAUUUGGUUAUUUAGAGUUUCUUCAAUUGUUUGAGGACCUUGGUACGACCCCAAUAUGGGUAUUUAACAAUGGUAUUAGCCACCAUGAUAAAGUCAACAUCAGUGACAUUGGUCCUAUGGUUCAAGAAGCUCUUGAUGGUAUUGAAUUUGCAAGAGGUCCUAUUACAUCAAGAUGGGGUAAAGUAAGAGCUUCUUUAGGUCACUCCAAACCUUUUGAUUUGAGAUACGUCGGUAUUGGAAACGAGGAUUGUGAUAAGAUAAACUACCAAGAAAGCUACCUCAAAUUCCAUGAUGCCAUAAAGCAUGCAUAUCCAGAUAUGCAAAUUAUAUCAAAUUGUGAUGCUACCAAAAAAGCGUUGGACCAUCCAGCAGAGCUGUAUGGCUUCCAUAUAUAUUCAAAUGCUAAGCAAUUCUUCUCAUUGUACACCAAGUUCGAUCAUAUGCCUUGUUUUGGACCAAAAGCUUUUGUUAGUGAAUAUGCCGUUUGGAACGAAGAUGCUGGGAAGGGAACACUUUUGUCUGCAUUGGGUGAAUCUGCAUUUCUUAUGGGACUAGAGAGGAAUAGUGAGGUCAUCGAAAUGGUUAGCUAUGCACCACUUUUUGGUAACACAAACAACCAAAGAUGGUUGCCCGAUGCUAUUGUAUUUUAUUCUCAUCAAAGUUAUGGAACUCCGAGCUAUUAUUUGCAAAAGCUAUUCUCAGACUCUAGUGGAGCAAUGCAUUUGAACUCAACGCUUAAAGCUCCUUCUUCAGUUGUUGCAUCUGUAAUUGCUUACACAAGUUUAACGGAAAAGAAGAAUUACAUAAAAGUAAAGGUUGUGAACUUCAAUGACAAUCGUGCGAAUUUUAAGAUCACUUUAAAUGGGUUAGAUGUAACUGCAAAAUCAGCAAAACACUACUACAACAGAGACUUUUUGCUUGUGUUUUGA